ACUACUGUUUUUAAAAAACUAGGGCUUUUAAAGAAGAAGCUCAGCCUAAAACCCCCCCUCUCCGUGGAGAAAAAAAAAAAAAAAAAAGAGAAACACCGCGAGAGAGAGAGAGAGAGAAGCAGUAGAAAUGGGUAGCGAACAGGACAUGAGUAACUGGACUGAUCUGCUUCACUCCUCUACUAAGCUUGUCGAACAAGCCGCUCCUUCUGCUCAGUUCCCUCCUCUUCAGAGAAACUUAGAUCAAUUAGAAGCAUUAUCAAAGAAACUCAAGGCGAAAACCAUAAGAACUGAGGCUCCUUCGCAAUCUAUUGCCGCUACAAGGCUUCUUGCGCGUGAAGGGAUAAAUGCAGAGCAGCUUGCUCGAGAUCUUAAGUCUUUUGAAUUGAAGACAACAUUUGAGGAUGUGUUUCCUGCCGAGGCAACAAGUGUUGAAGAGUAUCUACAACAGGUCCAUGAAAUGGCAAUGGUAUCAGCCAUUCAGGAAGCUCAGAAGGAUAACGUAAGAAGUUUUAAUGAUUACAUGAUGAAAGUUUUGGAGGAGGAUUGGCAAAAGGAAAGACGUGACUUUCUUCAGAGCUUGAGCCGAAUUUCAUCAUUACCCAAGACUAACUUAGUUGAUACAAGCACUGGGGUUACUCGUUCUCGUCAAAUAGCUUCUCUGGCUUCCAACCCUCAUGUUUCUUCUGGUUCAUCUGGCAUGGAAAAUUUACCUUUAGCUAACAAAUCCUUUGUGGAGAAAAAAGCUUCAGCAUAUGCUGAGGCUGUGAAGAAUCUGAACCGUGCACGAGAGCGUGGCUCACAGUUUAAACCUGCAACAGCUUUCAAGGGUGCUUAUGAAAGCUUAGGUGCUGAAGUAUCAGGUGGAAAAUCUGUUAACAUGCAAAAGAUAUGGCAUCUUGUCGAGACAUUGGUGGGUGAAAAUACAACCAUGAAACAGAGUAUUUCAAGGAAAAUGUCGUUAGUGAUUGGUGCAAGGCGCCAUCUUGAAUGGGGCCAUGAAAAAUACAUCAUGGAUACAAUACAAAAUCAUCCUGCUCAGGCUGCUCUUGGUGGAGCUGUUGGGAAUUUACAAAGAGUUCGUGCAUUUCUCCGGAUUCGAUUGAGGGAUUAUGGAGUUCUGGAUUUUGAUGCUGGUGAUACUCAUAGGCAGCCUCCUGUUGAUACCACUUGGCAGCAGAUCUAUUUUUGCUUGAGAACUGGGUACUACGAGGAAGCGAGAACUGUUGCCCUGUCUUCCCGUGCUUCACUCCAAUUUGCUCCGAUGCUCAUGGAGUGGAUUAACUCUGGAGGUAUGGUGCCUGUGGACAUUGCAGCUGCUGCUUCAGAAGAAUGUGAGAAAAUGUUAAGAAUGGGUGAUCGAGUGGGUCGAGCUGCAUAUGACAAGAAAAAGUUGUUGCUCUAUGCUGUAGUAUCUGGUUGCCGCUGGCAGAUUGACCACCUGCUGAGAGAUCUUCCAACCCUUUUCAAUACUAUAGAGGAUUUUCUGUGGUUCAAAUUAUCAGCUGUACGAGAUUACCCUGCUGGGACCUCGACUCUGGUCCUGAAUGAAAGCUUGGUACCAUACAGUUUGGAGGAUUUGCAGGCAUACUUGAAUAAAUUUGAGCCAUCAUAUUACACAAAAAAUGGGAAAGACCCUCUCGUGUACCCUUAUGUAUUACUUUUAAGUGUCCAGAUGCUACCAGCUAUCUUAUAUCUGUCUAGGGAAGCUGCAGAUGAAGGAUAUGAUAUUGAUGCAGUCCAUAUAUCAAUUGCACUAGCAGACCAUGGGGUUCUUACUGAAGGUGGUGGAGCUGGGCAAAAACUCGGGGUAAUGGAUGCAUAUGCAGAGGUCUCUAGCAUAAUUAGGCAGUAUGGAUCUGCAUAUUUACAUCAUGGAAAUCUCUCAAUGGCACUAGAAUAUUAUGCCCAAGCUGCAGCCACAGUAGGUGGUGGAGAAACAUCAUGGACUGGGAGAGGUAAUAUUGAUCAGCAGAGGCAGAGAAGCUUGAUGUUGAAGCAGCUCCUCACUGAGCUUCUGCUAAGGGAUGGUGGUAUUUAUUUUCUUCUGGGUCCAAGAGGUGCUGGAGAAGAAGGUGAAUUGGCACGAUUUUUGAACGAUUUCCAAGCAAGACAACAAUUUCUACUUGAAGCUGCUCGCAAGUGUCAAGAGGCUGGACUAGAUGAAAAGUCUAUAGAAAUUCAGAAGAGAGUUGGGGCAUUUGCCAUGGCUUUAGAUACAAUCAACAAGUCCCUGUCAGAAGCAAUUUGUGCGCUAUCACGUGGUAGAUUGGAUGGUGAGAGCCGAACUGCUGGUCUCAUUAAUUCUGGCAAUGAGAUUCUCGUGACCUUUAAGUAUUAUCCUGAUUUCAGUUUUCAAGAAAGAGACCUUGUCCUAGAGCAAGAAACCGUGUUGAGGCAGCUUGAGGCGAUAUUAUCUGUUCUCAAGUUGGCAAGACUGGGUCAUUUUCUUGAUGCUUUAAGGGAGCUUGCCAAACUUCCUUUUCUUCCAUUGGAUCCACGAGUGCCAGAUAUCACUGUUGAUGUUCUUCAGAAUUUAUCCCCUCGUGUUCAGGAUUGUGUGCCACACCUUUUGAAGGUUGCUUUAACAUGUUUGGAUAAUGUGACAGAUUCUGAUGGAUCACUUCGUGCCAUGAAAGCAAAGAUUACACAGUUUAUUGCAAACAAUAUGAGUCGGAACUGGCCUCGGGAUUUGUAUGAGAAGGUUGCUCGAAGUUUGUGAAGUAAAUAAGCUGUGGUGGUUUGAGAGGCAAGAUGACCCUCUGGUUGACCAAUCCGUGAUAGAUGCAGCGUUUCAGGUUAUCAUACAUCUAGCUCUUUGAAGUAACAGUCUAUGAAAAUUUAACCUAACCAAUAUGAGUGUUUCUUGGUGAGGAAAUGCUGCUGUUUCGAAACGAACUGUGCAAAUUUGUAUUAAAAACUUGCAAGAUCCUUCUGUCAAUAGUUCUCAACUCUGAAAUGUGAGCUCGAUAUGUGUAAUCCUUUUGGAUAAAGAUGAUGCUGCAAAUUUUUCGUGUCA